CGUUUGACAUAUUGCGUUAUUAGUUCAACAGUGUAUGAACGUGACGUUGUCUAUGAUGCAGAUCAAAACAUUAAUCAGGUCGUUCCUACUUCGGGUUUGUAUGGAAAUUAGCCAUUAUAGCCCGCCCCUCGUGCCGCUUGGGAAAGCGUUUACAAGAGUAUAAAUGACUGUACUGAUGGUGAGAAAAGUUAGAAGAGUUAGGAGAUUUGAACUUUGGAAAAAUCUACAACAAUGGAGCUCAGUUCAUUGAUUUUUCUGAUCCUUUCAUGCUCUUUUUAUGACGUUGUUGCAUUUUCACCGACACAAGAGGUGUGUCAACUUCAAGUAGAUGUGGGACCUUGCAAAGUAUAUCUCCAACGUUACUACUACAAUACUUUCACUCAACAAUGCGAAGAGUUUAUCUAUGGAGGGUGCCAAGGGAAUGCAAACAACUUCAUGAGUUUUCUGGCGUGUCAGAAAGCAUGUUUUAGAAUACCAAAGGUCCCCCAGAUCUGCAGGUUCCAGAAAGAUGCGGGUCCCUGUGAUGCCUAUAUGCCGAGCUACUUCUUCAACAUUAUCACCAUGCGGUGUGAGCAGUUCAUCUACGGAGGCUGCCAGGGCAACGCGAACCGCUUUCAGGACCAGUUGUCUUGCAUGGAGUACUGCAGACCACAAUAGGGAAAACCUUUCCACAUCCAGUGUUGAGCAUGGGCUUAGAGGCGGUACACAAUUGGCCCAGCAUCGUCGGGGUUUGGCCAGAGUAGGUCAUCAUUGCAAAUAAGAAUUGUUUGUAACUGACUUGCCUAGUUAAAUAAAGGUGGUUACUCUAUUGUGUUA